UUGUCUUCAAUCUCUCAAGUAAUCAAUUCAACAGAAUCCCCCGCCUUAAAUGGAACAUACUUGGAGCAGACCAAUUACUCCCUCCGACGCUCCUUGGUCUCCUUAUUUAUUCUAUAGCAACUUUUGCAUAGCCCAUUUCUCUCAGUAUUUUCACAAACACCUUUUCCUCCUCCUCCUCUUCUUUUUCUUCUGCAGAGAUUUGAUAUUCCAUGGAUAAUCUAGGCCCACCAACCCAUCCUCCAGGCUCCUUUCUCACUCCUCUUCUCUACUCUUUAGCAGGCGUAGUUUGCGCUUCUCUAGCUCUUCUCGCUUAUCAUCUCUUGUUCGUUAAAUAUUGCAUCGUUAGACGACCAAGAACGGCCAUGGCAGCCAAUUCUAUAUCUACACCAGUGGAGGGAGGUGAAAUGGUAAUUGGGGUUGAAGAACAUGUUCUGAACACAAUCCCAAUUCUUCUUUACACAGAAAACAACACCCAGUUGGCUAAGAUUGAUCAAAGCGAGUGUGUAAUCUGUUUAGGUGAUUUAGAAGAAGGUGAUAAGGUUCGUUCAUUGCCUAAUUGUGGACAUGUGUUUCACGUCCCCUGCAUUGAUGAUUGGUUCUUGGCUCACACCAAUUGUCCAAUUUGUAGAGCGCCGAUUGUUGCUCCUAUUGAUAUUGCUUCUGUUCUACAAGAGUCCAUUAAUGUUAGGAGAGAAAGGACUCCAAAUCUAGCUCAGUUUCUUGAACAAGGAGAUGAAGAUGAUGGUGGUGGUGAUGGUGGCGGCAGUAAUGGUGAUGAUAAUGAUAAUGCUUCUACUUCAGGGCAAUCGUCAACUGUGUUACUUCGCCAUAGCUUGUCUUUGGCGUUGCCUAUGGAAGGGAAACCUCAACGUUUCAUUGAGCUAAAGAGAUCCUUAUCAAUGGAUCAACGUUUUGUCAUUAUAGAUAUACAAGGAGAAAGGGAGGAAAAAGCUACUUCUCCAUCGUGUUCUUCAUAUUUGAAGAGUUUGGUUAUGGAAAAUAGAUCAGGAAGAUCAAUGAGGCAGCUAGAUCAUGUGUCUUCAAGGUGGUUAAGAUCUUUCUCGCAAAUGCGAUUGAGCCAAAGUGCUCUGCCCACUGAAACACUUCCUUGUUAGGAUCUUUUCUUUUAAUUUGCCUUUAGGUAACCGAUAAUAAGUUGUUGCUUUAGAAUAACCCAAUUUUAUUUAUUGACAUGAAAUUUGUACUAA